CCGGAUGUGUGUGUCGGUGUCGGUGUGUCGGUGUUAGUCCGUUUGGAGGAGAGAGGCUGAGCUCAGUGUGUGUGUGACCGCAGCCUGAUACACACACCGUCCUCCUCCUCACACACACACACACACACUGAACUCUAACUUUGUCUGUGUAUCGAUUAAUCCGCCAUCAUGGAUCUGGACCCGGCCGUUAUUAUUCCCGCCAUCAUCUUCACCGUCGUCGCCAUUUAUUUCGCCACCUCGCUGCUCAGUAAGAAGCCCGACGCCUCGUCCUCCGCUGCCCAGAGCAAGAAGCCCAAAGUCGGCUACGGAGAUGACGUCCCCCCGUCCAGAGCUCUGGCCCCGCCGCGAUCAGAACCUCCGGCUCCGGACUCACACGUCAAGGCUGCUCCAGAACCAGUAAAAGCUCCAGAACCAGUAAAAGCUCCAGAACCAGUUAAGGCACCGGAACCAGUUAAGGAACCAGAACCAGUUCCAGAACCAGUUCCAGAGCCAGUUAAGGCACCAGAACCAGUUCCCGAGCCUGUUCCAGAGCCAGUAAAAGUCCCAGAACCUGUCCCAGAACCAGAGACUCUUCCAGAACCAGAAGUUGUUCCAGAACCAGUUGCAACACAAGAAGUAGCUGCAGUACCAGAACCCAUCCCAGAGCCAGAACCUGUACCAGAGCCAGUGUCAGUACCUGAAACCCUCCCAGAACCUGUCCCAGAGGCAGAUCCAGAGCCUGUGGUUGAGUCUGAACCAGUAUCUGAACCUGAACCUGUGGUGGAGGAGUCCUUACCUGAGCUGAUCCCUGGAAUCACAGAGGACCGCCUGCCGACCCCUGAACCUGUUGUCGAGGUAGCACCUGAGCCUGAACCAGAACCAGAACCAGAGACCAACAGCGAUGUGGCUGCAGCUGAAGAUAAAGUGACGUUCACCCCGGGGAAGAAACAGAGCAAGUUUGAGACGAUGAUGACGAAGGAGGAGAUCGAGGAGGAGCAGAGGGUGCAACAGGAGCAGCUGGCGGCCAUCUUCCUGCUGCUGAGGCAGAACCAGGAGGCGCUGGGGGAGGUGACGGAGGGCGACAUGGAGGAGCAGCUGAAGCUCUACACGCUCUGAGGCCCCGCCCCCUCACUUAUGUUACCGCGGCAACGCAACUCACUAAAACUUGAAUGUAAAAUAGAUUCGUAGAUGAAUUUCCCAAAGAUGAAACUGUAACAUGAUGAAAUGUUUUACAUGGUGACAGUGUCGUGAUCAAAACUGUGAUUAUUAAUCACCGAUAACACAAAUCAAUACAUUACUGACUGGAAAAUUACACAAUAUUAUUUUUUAUAAACUUUACAUUAUUAAAUAUCUGUCGGCAGAUGUUCUUUAGUUCAAAGUUAGCUUCGUGCUAACAUUAGUGUUUGCUACGUUUAGAUUGAUCAAGUCCUGAUGAAGACGUCAGUCGUUAGAUAUUUACAGCCGCUAACUGCUGGUGGAGCUGUUGAGAAGCUAACUGAACAAAAGCUAAUGUUAGCCUGCUAAUAUUUAACCUGCUGAGACCAAAAGAGAUGUGUGAUUGUUGUGUAGCUAAUGUUAGCAUGCUAAUGUCUGGCCUGAGUUAAAGAAGAUGCUCCAUCAGGGAGCUGCUGGCUGGACUUUGUUAGCAUUUUGUCUGUUUCCUCUGUUUUGAAUCUUUAAUGCUAAGCUAAGCUAACAGGCUGCUAGCUGUAGCUUCAUCUUGUACAUACUGUCCAGACAUGAGAGCGUCUGAACCUGCGGCCCUGAUGUUGACUGUUCUCGUGAUGCCUUCAGGUUCACUGGAUUUCUUCUUCAGGUCUGACGCUCUGACAUCAUCACACUGUCAACACAACCAGCACACUGCAAUCAGAACCGAACGGACCGGACCAACACCUGAAAACAUCCAUCAGCUCAGUUCUGUUGUUUCACUCUUUGUGUCACGUUUGGAAACUUGUUGAGGAAAUGAUUUAAUUUUUUCUUGAAAUAUUUCAGAUCUAAAUUUGACUUAAAACAUUUCAACUCUUUUCUCUUUGUCAGAGUUUGAUUGUAGAAAAGUAUAAAAAAAAUCUCCUGAAGUUACAGCAGCUUGUAUAGCAGCUGUUGCUGCUGCAUUCUGGGUAAUGUAGUGUUUUCUGACUCCUUUAUGUGGUCGUGUAACGACUUCUGUGUAUUAAUUAGACAAACAGACUCUUCAGACUCAGUAUUCACCGUCUGAUAUGAAACUUUGAUCAGACGUCAUCGUGCAGAACAACAACAGACUGUUUGUAUUCUGAGAUUUUUAAAUGAAAUGUGUUUUUUCAUGAUAAUAAAUCUGAAUAUGAAACAUCU